UGGCUUUGAGAACUUAAAAGCAGUUCUUCCAAGUUCACCUGCUUAUAGCAUUUAGUUUCGCGCGUAUAGUAUGGAGAGGCCCCUGGGAGUUCGUAAGGGUGCAUGGUCAGAAGAGGAAGAUAAUCUUCUAAGGAAAUGCAUUGAGAAAUAUGGUGAAGAAAAAUGGCAUCAAGUUCCCCUAAGAGCAGGUUUAAAUAGAUGCCGGAAAAGCUGCAGGUUGAGGUGGCUGAACUAUCUCAAACCAAAUAUCAAAAGAGGAGGGUUUGACGCAGAUGAAGUUGAUCUAAUUUUGAGGCUGCAUAAGCUGCUAGGCAACAGAUGGUCACUAAUUGCGGGUAGGCUACCGGGAAGAACAGCGAAUGAUGUGAAGAACUACUGGAAUACUCACUUGCGAAGAAAGACUGUUUCUUGCGACGAACACCUCAAAGAAAAGGAAGCAAAGACACAUACUGUGAACAUAAUUAGGCCUCGUCCUCGGACCUUCUCCAAAAACAUAAAAUGGUUGGAGGACAAAAGUAUUUUUCAGAAUAUCGCUCAACCAGAAGACAAUUCUCUUUGCAAGGAUAGUGAAAGUGUGUGGUGGGAAAAUGUGUUAGGUGGAAAGGAAUUUGGUCAAGGAGCUUCAAGCUCAGUGGGUCGGCUAGGAGAAGAGCAGCAACUACCUUCGAAGAAUCUUCUGGGGGAAAAUUCUUCACCAGGAACAACGAAGGGGGAAGAGUACAAUGUUUUUUAUGAAGUAGGCCAGUUUUUGCCAUCUGAUUUAUGGCUCGAUGUUGACUUUUCCGAUCUUUUGAACACUCAACAGCAACAAUUCAUUUUGGGGUGAUGGCCUGAAAAGGUUCAUAGCUCGGCCACAUCACAGCAAAUUUCCAAAAACGUUCUUGUGUGUGAUAAUUUAUUUCUACUUUCUGCGUAUGGUGAUUUUCUUCGCCAAUUAUUCAAGAUAUGUACUUCUGCACAUGCUGCAGUAUUAUCUGUUUAUAGGAAAAAGGACUAUUUGCCA